AGUUGCGGAGAGGCGAGAAUCCAGGUCCUGUGCGGAGGCAAGGAGCUCCAGGAACCAGGAGGUGAAGCCAGAGGUCUGAAGCCUGUGUUCUGAGUUCAGAGAGCAGAGGAGAUCCAGGCAGUAUCAGGAGUCAAGGCGUUGUGCUCCUGGUCAAGAUGAGUGAACUCAGCAAACCCGAGGAAGACCUUCAGGAGCCAGGAGAGGCCCAGGGCCCUGUAGAGGUGCAGCUCUUGGCGGCUGAGGUGGGGGAGGCCCCAUCUGACUUGGCCUCCUACCCCCCAGCAUCCUGCUCCACUCCUGUGGAGCCCUUGCCCCGAGAAAUUCUGAAUGAGAUGAUGGCUAACCUUAUGAAGUUCCUGCUCCUCAAGUAUCGAGCCAAGAAGCUGACCUCCCUGGCAGAAAUGCUGAAUAAUGUCUUCAGGGAUAACCAGGAGCACUUCCCGGUGGUCUUCAGUCAAGCCUUAGAGUACCUGCAGCUGGCCUUUGGUGUGGAGGUGAAGGAGGUGGAUCCUACAGAGCACAUCUAUGUCUUGGUCCCCACUCUGGGCCUCACCUGUGAUGAGAUGCUGAGCGAUGGGCAGGGCCUGCCCAAGGCCGGCCUCCUGGUGCUGGUCCUCAGUGUGAUCAUGUGUAGUGGAGACCCGGCCCCUGAGGAGGCAGUCUGGGGAGCACUCAGCAGGAUGGGGGUGUAUGUUGGGAGCGAGCACUGUGUCUUUGGGGAGCCCAGGGAGCUGCUGACCCAAGUGUGGGUGUGGGAGAGGUACCUGGAGUACCAGCAGGUGCCUGACAGUGACCCUGCUCGCUACGAGUUCCUGUGGGGUCCCCGGGCCUAUGCAGAGACCAGCAAAGAGCAAAUCAUGGCAUUUGUGCUCAGGGUCAGACAAAGGGCUUUGAGGGCCUUCCCACUCCUGUCUGCAGAGGCUGCAAGGGAGGAGGAAUAGGGGGCCUGAGGAGAGCAGCAGCCAGGUUGAUCCUUUCCUCUGUGAUUGAAGAGGGAGUAGUCAGCCUUCACUCAGAAGUGAGGGCCCAGGCCAGUUGGGAGAACCAGUGUGUAGCAUCUUUUGGUUCAUGUUCUCUUGAUGACAUGGGGAUUCAUCUCUGUUUUCUUUAGAAAUUUUUCAAAGUUUGGUUUCAGAGAAGGCUAAAGAAACGUCAGUAUCUUAGCUUUGUGAAUGAUAUUGAUCCCAGGGUAUUUUUGGUUACUCAGGUCAAAAACAAGAGUUUUGCUGUUUUGUAAAAGAGAUUGGGAAGUCUUCCAUUAUGUUUUGUGAUCCUGAACAGAAUACAAUGGAAUAGUAAUUAGAACUUUUUUGAAAACUUGAACUUAUGUAGCAAUAGUAUUGAAUGAAGGAGAAGAAUUAGAUAAUAAAAGUAAUUAUAGUGAAUUCAUGCUUAUGUCCUUCUUGUAUGUCAUUCACAAUAACUAAAUUAUCUGUUUAUUGAAUUUUCCUUGGUUGUUAAAGAAAGCAGCAGACAA